AAUUACAUUUGCCGCGUUGGAAAUAAUUAUUGCAAAGUUCUUCACAAACCAUCCAAUUAAAUAUGUACAUAUAUUAUAUAUUAUAUAUAUGUGUGAAUAUUAUAUAUGUAAGAGAAAGAAGUAGCAUAAGUACUAUAAUCAUAUUAUAUAAUCAUAUUAUAUGCAUUGUUAUAUAUCUUUGUUGUGAGCCUUGUGUUCCUUGUUAUGUUUUUGUCCACUUCAUUUUGGAACCAUAUUGCUAUAUUGGUAUGUAGUUUCUCUUUCAAACCUUUCUUUUCUUUCUUUCUUUCUUUCUUCUUUUGGUUAAAUUUUUUCUCAUGUCAUGAGUUCGAUCAUCUGCAAAAAAAACUUUAAGUCUGUAGAGAUUUGAACUUGAAAACAAAUGCUUACCAGCAUUUUCUAAUACUCCUCCUUGUACUUGAAGUCGUUAAGAUUAUGAAUAACUACUACGAAGAUAAGGAUAAUAAGGAUACAGUUUCCUUGCGGGAUUAUUAUGCAAAGCAAAUCAAUUCAAGCCCCAUGAUGAAAGAUGGAAGACGAAGUGAUUACUACUCACCAUCAAAAAACAAAGAUAGAAUAAAAGUAGAGAAAAUACUAAAUCCAUGGGCAGCAUCACCUAGAGAGCAAUGGAAUAAGAUUUUCUUAGCUUCAUGUGUAAUUGGAGUGAUGAUAGAUCCUUUGUUUCUUUACAUUCCAAUUGUGAAUGAUGAGAACAAGUGUCUUGAUAAAGAUCACAAUGUUAUGGCCAUAUCUCUUGUUUUGAGAUCUUUAACUGAUUUCUCAUAUGUCUUACACAUCAUUUUUAGACUUCAAAUUGCCCUAGCCAUGUCCAAGGAAUUUGGUCUAUCCAUUUUCACAGGCUUUCCUUGGUCUUAUCUCUUAAUUGAUGUCUUAUCCAUUCUUCCCCUCCCUCAGGUGGUAGUUUUAAUGUACUUCUCCAAGAUUACUGGAUCAAGAUCUUUAACAGCAAGAAAGUUUCUAAGUCUACUACUUUUUCUUCAAUAUGUGCCUCGUCUUCUUCGUGUGUACUUAUCAGCGAAAGAGUUAGGAAGGACUUAUGAUUCACUCACCUGUCGUGUAUGGGUUAGAGGCACCUUCUUCUUCUUCCUCUACAUUAUUUUCGGCCACGUGUUUGGGGCAUUUUGGUACUUUCAUUCGAUUUUUCGAGAGACAGCUUGUUGGCACAUAGCAUGUAAAAGUGUAGGAAUAGAAGAAUGUAUUCCAGGUCCUUUUGAUUGUCAAAGCCAUCAUCAUCCCAUCAAGAAUCUAACAAUUGUGGAUCAGUAUUGCCCAGUUAAUCCACCAAAUCCAGUUAUCUUCAAUUUCGGAAUAUUUUCUCAAGCGAUUGAGUCUCGUAUAGUUUGCAAAACAGAUUUUCUAAGAAAAUUCUCUCGUAGUUUUUGGUGGGGUUUGAGAAAUUUGAGUUCUUUUGGUCAAAACCUUGAUACAAGUAGCAAUGUUGGAGAAAAUUUCUUUGCAGUUCUUAUUUCUAUCCUUGGCUUACUUUUAUUUUUGUACCUCAUUGGCAAUUUACAGACAUACAUGCAAUUGGAAACUACAAAAUCAGAAGAAGCAAGGAGAAAAUUAAGCAUCAAACAACCUGAAAUAGAUUCAUAUCUAUCAAACCAUGAUCUUCCACCACAUAAAAAGAAAGUCAUCAAAAGAUAUCUAACUCAAACAAUUAGAGAAGGCAAAGAUUUUGAUGUAAAACAUCUCUUUUCAUUACUUGAAGAGCAUGCUGAUCAUGACAACAAUCAACACAAGAGUGAGUCAUUUGCAGCUUGGGUUACCAAAAUAUUAGAUGUGAAAAAGCAUGAGAAGAACACAAGUGAACAAAAGGCAGAGUUAUGGAUAUCAAGAAAUGGAAUUCCUGUGGGUAUAGAGCCAAAGGUUAUGAAAUAUGUCCAAUUGAGAUUGCAAGAAGGAAAAGAUGUUGAUAUUGAACAUCUUUUGCAUAUUCUUCCUUUGACUUUAGGAAUGUCUAUUAAGAAACAUAUGUGUUUCCCUAUCUUAAAAAAAGUUCCUUUGUUUCGAAGCAUGGAUGAGUAUGUUUACGAAACAAUAUGCAAAUAUUUAAAGCCAGUUACAUAUUCGGAGAAAAGUUAUAUUGUUCGAAAGGGAGAGCCUCUUGAUAUGGUGCUUUUCAUCACACAAGGUGUUGUAUGGACUUUCGGAAGUAGUACAACACCUACAAAUCGUCUUCAAAAGGGAGAUUUCUAUGGAAAUGAACUCGUAGAAUGGCAGUUGAGCUCAACAUCUUAUAACGACUUUCCUAUUUCGACUGCUAAUCUCAAAUCACAUACUAAAGUCGAAGCAUUUACUUUGAUGGCAAUUGACUUGGAACAUGUGCUCUCUAGUUGUUGGUCUAAGUUUUUUCGGUGCUCGGCCAAUGAAUCAAUGUCCGAGGGCUUAAAACCUUUUGCAGCUAAGUAUGUGCAGCGAUGGUUUCGACGUUACUUGAAAAAUAAAAAAUCACGAGAAAAUAAGCUAAGCAUAUGUGUUUAUUAUCAUUAGCUAGGUUCGUAAUCAGGGGCGGAGCCAAAUCAUGUUGUUAAUGAUCAUGGAUCAAUGGCAUAUGUCCUACUCAAAAAAUUAUCAUAAUUAUAUAGAAAAAAAAAUGUAGCAAACAAAUUUUGUUUUGUUUAAUAUAGAGAAAAAAUUAUGCAAAG